AUGUUGGCCAAGUAUGGCCCUGCUAAUGUGUGGGACACCACAGGGAGGGGAGCUAUAGACAGUCAAUAUGAUGAUGACAUUGAUCUAUUUGGAUCUGAGGAGGAGGAAGAAAGUCAGGAAGCAAAGAAGCUAAGAGAAGAACGUCUUGCACAGUAUGGAUCAAAGAAAGCACAAAACCCUGCACUUGUUGCCAAGUCUUCAAUCUUACCAGACGUGAAGCCUUGGGAUGAUGAAACCGACAUGGCAAAACUGGAAGAGUGCUUCAGAAGUAUUCAGGCAGACGACUUGGUCUGGGGCUCUUCCAAGCUAGUACCAGAGAGCUAUGGAAUUAAGAAGCUUCAGAUACAGUGUGUAGUUGAAGAUGAUAAAGUUGGCACAGAUGAGCUGAAAGAACAGGUAACUGCUUUUGAAGACUACGUGCAGUCCAUGGAUGUGGCUGCUCUCAGCAAAAUCUAA